AUGGAUUUUUUAAACCUUCAAUCUUAUUUGCAUGGAUUGAUUGUAAAUGGCAGUUUUGCCGAUCUAUCCUGUAACGGUAAUUUUGGAAGAGUUUAUAGACUUUUAGAUUUUAACGUCGGUGUCUGCGGAUAUCAUUUAAUUGAUGGUUGA